GCUGAAUGCUGAUUUGCCAGUCGCGUUCUAUGGAGUUGGCGCCAUUGUGAGGCUACGUGCUGUCUUUUGAGUGCUCUCCCCGAAAAUACUCGUUUUAUUGCUAUUGUUAUCUAUUUAACUACGGCGCAAUGGCUGAUAAAGACGCUGCAUUUGAUGAUGCUGUGGAAGAAAGGGUGAUCAAUGAGGAGUACAAGAUCUGGAAGAAGAACACCCCUUUCCUCUAUGACUUGGUCAUGACUCACGCCCUGGAGUGGCCCAGCCUGACCGCUCAGUGGCUUCCAGAUGUCACCAGACCGGAGGGAAAGGACUAUAGCGUGCACAGGCUGGUUUUGGGAACACACACCUCUGACGAGCAGAAUCACCUUGUUAUUGCCAGCGUUCAGCUCCCAAAUGAUGAUGCUCAGUUUGAUGCCUCACACUAUGACAGUGAGAAAGGAGAGUUUGGAGGCUUUGGCUCUGUAAGUGGAAAAAUAGAGAUUGAGAUCAAGAUCAACCAUGAGGGAGAAGUAAACAGAGCUCGUUACAUGCCCCAGAAUCCUUGCAUCAUUGCCACAAAGACUCCCACCAGUGACGUGCUGGUCUUUGAUUACACAAAGCACCCCUCCAAACCUGACCCUUCAGGGGAAUGCACCCCAGAUCUGCGUCUCAGGGGCCACCAGAAGGAGGGCUACGGACUAUCCUGGAACCCAAACCUCAGUGGAUGCCUCCUCAGUGCUUCUGAUGACCAUACUAUUUGCCUGUGGGAUAUCAGUACAGUGCCCAAGGAGGGUAAAAUAGUGGAUGCUAAGACAAUCUUCACAGGCCAUACUGCUGUGGUGGAGGACGUCUCUUGGCACCUGCUCCACGAAUCACUCUUUGGAUCUGUGGCAGAUGACCAGAAACUCAUGAUCUGGGACACACGGUCCAACAACACCUCCAAACCCAGCCAUGCAGUGGACGCCCACACCGCUGAAGUCAACUGCUUGUCCUUCAAUCCCUACAGCGAGUUCAUCCUGGCCACGGGCUCUGCCGAUAAGACUGUGGCUCUUUGGGACCUGAGGAACCUGAAGCUGAAGCUCCACUCAUUUGAAUCUCACAAGGACGAGAUCUUCCAGGUUCAGUGGUCUCCUCAUAACGAAACCAUCCUGGCCUCCAGCGGCACCGACAGGCGGCUCAACGUCUGGGACCUCAGUAAGAUCGGAGAGGAGCAGUCACCAGAGGAUGCUGAGGAUGGCCCUCCUGAGCUGCUGUUCAUCCACGGUGGACACACAGCUAAAAUCUCAGACUUCUCCUGGAACCCCAACGAGCCAUGGGUCAUCUGCUCUGUAUCAGAGGACAACAUCAUGCAAGUGUGGCAGAUGGCUGAAAAUAUCUACAACGACGAGGACCCAGAGGGUGCUGCAGAUUCAGAGGUCCAGGCAUGAGUCCAGUCUUCACGUCUCCUCUUUUGACCUGCUUGUUAAAAAUGGAUCAGUUUCCCAGUGCUGGUUGUGGAAGCAGUAAAAAAUCUUUUCAAAUACGUACAUUGGGCAGCAGUGUUUUGUAGAAGAUGGAAAAAUAAAAUACUGCGCUCUCAUCGCAUCAUCACGUAUUUAAAAUAACGUCUGUUUGGUCCCUUUUUUUUUUCUUUUCUUUAGUUUUUCAAACAACUCUGGCUCGUAAUGAAACUAUCACAGACCUGUGUCGUCAUUCAGGCUUGCAUUUUUAUGGAUUUUAUUACUUUCAUUUGUGCAGAAAACCUUUUAUGAUGAUCAAUUUAUAAGUCAACUGUAUAUACUGUAGGUUUCCCUUUUUAUUUGCUUGAUAUUUGUAGAAUAAAUUUCCAGAAUGUGUGUUUUUUCCCUUGUUUCUCUGUGCUGCAUCUGAUUUUUUGUGUACUUAAGUAUAUUCAUAAUAAAAAUAUUUACAGUAAA